UAUAGUUUUGUUAUCAGUAUUCCACAUCAUAACAUCAUGUAAAGCACAGGCAGUUAAAGAGUUAAUACUGGAUACCCUGUACACAAACUUCCUUGGUUCCUCCAUGAGCCCUGGCCAGCAUUUCUUUGUGUAUGGGAAAAGGCAAAUAGUUUUUUAUGCAGUCUUCUGACAACACGAAUUGGCUGUUAUUCUGCAGUUCUUUGGUACUCCUGUGCUGUCCGUGCCACAGUUCUGCAGAGAGGUGGCACAUACAGUGCCAUGAAGAUGAAGGCAAAUGCCUUAAUUUUCAUUCUUCUGUUCAUUACUGCAUACGUAACAGCAUUGAAGAAAAUGGCUGUCAUGUCAUCUGAACAGUUCAGAAUACUUGAGCAGCUUUUCCCAUUCCCAUGUUAUUUAAGAUUGUCAUGAGGUCAUGUUCAUCUUUUUUGCUCGCACACAAUGAAAAACCAAACCAACCAACUCUACCUCCCGUAGUUAAUUAUUCCUCAAGGAGAAGCCCUUCUAUACCUCCUCUUUCAGGUCUGUUUAUUCUGCCACAGAACUGAUGUUUUAAAGUGUGUGUGACUUGCUGGGCCCCAUGGCAGAUGGAAGUGGGCUAGCUGGUGCAUAAGGCAGAAGGGAGGGUGCUUGCUGAGCCAAAACCCAAAAGAGAUGGAGCUUGAUGGUCCAAAAGUAAGAAGGAAUGGGGCUUUCUUGUGCAAAACACAGAAGGAAGGGGACUUGUUGGACCAAUACACAGAAUGUAGGGGGCUUGCUGUUGCUAUACUCAGUAGGAAGAGGGCUUCCUGGACCCUUACCCAGAAGGAAGGGGGCAUGCUGGGCCAAAAUCGAGAGGAAGGGGAGUGUGUUGGGCCACAAAUCAAAAGGAAGGGGUCUUGCUGGACUUGGUUAGCGGCUAGGGUAAGGUUUAGGAUUACAGUUAGUGUUAGGGUUUAGGUAAGGUUAAGUCUCAGAAUUGGGCUUGGGUUUAGGGUUUAGGGCUUGGACUAGGGUAGGGUUAGGGUUAGGAUUAGGAUAAGGUUGAGUGUAAGGUUUAGGGUUAAGGUUAGGUUUACUGUUAGGUUUAGGGACAGGAUUAGGGUUAGGGUACAGCUGUGGUUAGGAUUAAGGUUGGGUUUAGGGCUAGGGUUAGCAUAUGGAUUAAGGUUAGGGUUAGGGUUAGUGUUUGGUUUGGGUCAUGGACUGGGUUGGUGUUAGGGUUGGGUUAAUAUUAGUAUUAGGGUUAGUAUUUGGGAAUAGUUUAGGGCAAGGUUUCAGGUUUGUGUUAGAGUUAGUUUUAGAGUUAGGGUUAGGGUUAGAGUUUGGGUUUAAUUUGGGGUAGUUUUAGGGUUAUGGUUAGGGAUUGGGUUUGGUUUAGAGUUAAAAUUAUAGUAAGGAUUAGCGUUAAGUUUAGGUUUACUGUCAGGGUUUUGAGCUAGGUUUUGUCAGUGUUAUGGUUAGGGUUUGGAUAAGUGUUAGAGUUAGGGUUAGGGUUAGAGGUAGGCGUAAAUAUAGCAUUUGUGUUAGGGUUCGGAUAAGCGUGUUAGGGCUAGGUUAAGGUUUAGGUUUAGGGAUAGGAUUAGGUUUACAUUUGCUACAUGUUGGGGUUAGGGUUAGGGUUAGGGUUAAGGUUAAGGUUAAGGUUAUGAUUAUGGUAGUAUUAGGGUUAGAGUUCAUGUUAGGGUUAGUUUUAGGUUUUUACUGUUAGUGUUUAUGUCAUGAUUAAGGUUUAGAGUCGCAAUCAAGGUUAGGGUUUGAUUCAAGGUUUGGGUUUUGUUAGUGUAAGGGGAGGAAAAGAGUUAUGUUUAGGUUUAGGGUUAGUGUUAGGUUUAGAGUUAGGGUUACGGUUAGGGUAGGCUUAGGGUUAUGGUUCGAGUUAGUUUCUGGGUUAGGGUUAGGGCAGUGUUAUAGGCAUUGCUGGGCAGAAACUGAGAAGGACUGGGUCUCACUGGACAGAAACACAGAUGGAAGGGGGCUUACUCAGCACAAAGCCAGAAGAAACUGGAUACACUGAGCUGAACUUAUGAAGGAAGGAGGCUUGAAGUGCUGAACGCCAGAAGGAAUGUGGAUUGCUAGGCCCAAAGGCAACCCUAACCCUAUCCCUAAAUUUAACCCUAACAAUUACCCUAACCCUAGCCAUAAUACUCAUACAAAAUCUAAUUCCAAACCCUAACCCUAAAUCUAAACCAUUAACACCCCAACACGUUUUUUUUUUUUGAGGGUGGGGGAGGGGGAACUGUGGGCCUGCUGUUUUCCUGUCAUGGACACAGACAGAUAGAGAGAAUACUCGGUGACAGCAGUAGAAACUUCUAGUAUAGGCCUUUACCGAACAUAUAACUUUCUUAUAAAACAACUGCUGAAAGAAAGAUGCUGAGUAGCAGAAUAGAGAGGAGGCUAGGACGGAGACCAGGAUCAGAAAUUAACACAGAGGGCUUGAGCAAUACCAACCAUGUUCAAACACGAACACUGUGAGCUUUUGUAAAGGAAUAUGCCAGGGAAAAACUGCUAAAUAAAUAUAAAUACAGAAUUAAAUUUAUGCUUGCUAACACAGCAUAAUAGGGCUCAUAAAUCAGGAAUCAGAGAGGGAUAAUCACCUCCCUGUCCUUGCUGGCCACCCUUCUUCUGAUGGGGCCCAGGAUACCAUUGGCCUUCCGAGCUGCAAGACCAACUGAUCUUAUAAAAACCUAUCGAUGGCCUCUAAAAAUGGCUUGGGUUUCACAGAGACUGGAGCCUCCCCCACUGAGAAGUUCCCCUGAGGGAACUGCUGUUCUCUGGAUCUCCUUGUCGAGAGUCCCUCGCCGGGGACGCCUGGCAGACUCCAGGCUCUGUGAUGCCGAAGUGCGACUUUGUCCAUCGUCCACUUCAGGGCCCCUCUGCCGGGAGCAGCUUGGUGCCAUUCUCAGUGAGAUACACACACGGGCAAGCAUCUAAGUAUUCAUGGUACGAGUCUGUGCUGCUUCACUGGCCGUGGUUGUGGCAAUAGGUACUAUUGAAGGCACAUAAAUGGUGCUGCACCCGAUGGCUGCAAUUCUUGGCUGCUGCAGCAAUGGAAGUAGAUCUGUACCUCCUUGACCGGCGGUACAACAGCUGCUCUGAAAGUAAUGCCUCCUAUUGUACGAUGUCAGUGCACGACAUCGGAGGCGGAUGUUGGUAGGAUGCCUAUAUUCUCUGACAUUUUGUUGUCAUAUGAAAGUUGGCAGCGGAGGGGCAGCCUGAGAAAUUGGCAUUGUCGGACAUGGAAGCGCGUUUAAGCAAACGUGUGUCGCUGAAUUCAUGCAUGCAGAAAAAAGGCACCUAUUGAUGUUGAUUGAUGCUUGUUGAACAUUUAUGGAGGCCAAGCAGCGGUUGUGAGUGCAGUGAGGUGGUGGGUGUGCCUUUCAGCAGUGGCAACAGCAACAGCGCAUCACCACGGCUGGUGCGCAUACUAUGAGCGUAGCAUGCAGACUGUUGAUCAUCGUUGCUGAAAACGCACAGCUAACGGUGGAGAUUGUAUUGAAAAAUAGUGUUUCGUAGCUGACAACUUGCUGUAUUACCUAGUGUUAUUGUGCCCUUUAUACCGGUUGUUGUUUCCGUGGAAAUAAAGGAGAGGCGUUACUUUCGGAGCUGGGAGGAGUAAAGCCUGAAGCAUCUCAUGGAAAGACAUAGAGGUGCUGUGAUUCUGUGAAUCGAGUCAUUUAUUGUAACGAGAGGUAAUCAGCAGCAAGCAAGCAAAAAGUCACGGAAACACCUGAACGCUCGAUUGGGAUACUGAGGGAGCCACAGGCCCGGAAGCAUUCAGGUGGGGCCAGGAGGGUGGAUGCGUCGCCCAGUGCCUUCAGCAGCAUCAACACGCCGGGUUCCAGCGGGGCUGCGUCCGGCACCGGGCCCCUCACCCUGCGCUGGCUGCGAGAGCCGCCGCCCUCCUGCCUGGGUGCCCUCAGCCCCUGUGAGGUGUGAUGGUUCCACAGGGGUGGCACAGAGCAGCCACUGUGACCCAUGGGAUGUGGAACAGAGCUAAGGCUGCGGGGCUCAGGCUGAGCUCAGUGCGACUUGGUGAGGUGAGCAGGGAGGAAGGGGCUGCCUGAGGCUCCCGAGGGAGGAGGGUUCCCCAGCGCUCGGGACCGGAGCUGAGCACUCAGCCUCGUCCCGCUUCUCCCCUAGGUUGUCACGCAGAGGAGAAAGCCUGGUGUUACUGGGACAGACACUCUGUGAGUGCUUGCCAUUAAUGCACAUGAUGUCCAAGGGGACGCAGGAGGCCGCCGGCUCGAGGGAGCCAGCAUGUGUGCUCUGUGGCCGAGUAGAUGAAGACUCGAGCAUAUAUGGGCACAAACAUGAGAAAAAUGGGUUCUACUUCCAUACUUUUUGUGUGAUAUUCUCCACUGGUCUUUGUAAACCAGGAAGCGAUAUCAGAAAUGCAUGUCAUUUCGAAGAAGACCUGAUACGCACAAUCAGGCGGGGAGAGCAGACAUUCUGCUUCGUUUGCGGCAAUCUGGGGGCCACCAUCACCUGCGCAGAGCCAGACUGUGGCCGCAGCUUCCACCUCUCCUGCACCUCAGAGGGUGAAUGCAUCACCCAGUUCUUCGAAGAUUUCAGGUCCUUCUGCUGGGUGCAUCGUCCGCAUCAGGCAGUGGAGGCAGCGCCGGCACAGGACACAACCUGCAUUAUCUGCAUGGAGCCCAUGGGGAACAGCAGAUCAUACUGUACCAUGGUGUGCCCAGCCUGCCAACACGCCUGGUUUCACCGGGCCUGCAUCCAGGAACAGGCCCUGCGUGCAGGAAUUUAUUGUUUCCAAUGCCCCCACUGCCGAGACAGAGACAGGUUUAUUCGAGACAUGCUCACUAUGGGGAUCAGAAUCCCAUUCAGAAAACCAACAUGGGAGGACAAUUAUGACGCAUCCCUGGGAGUUAGACAUCAGCGCUGUGAUGCUAGCGACUGCCAUUAUCCACAUGGCAGGGAACAGGCAGAGGGAGAGGGGCCCUGGCAGCUGCUCCUCUGCAGCUCCUGUGCUGCACAAGGCACUCACCGGCGCUGUUCCAACUUGAGUCACAGCGCAGCCAGCUGGGAGUGCAACGCCUGUGCUGGAGAGGGCACCGCCUCCAGCACCAAUUCAGAUCUUCCUGGCUACAGCACCACCAGCCACGCACCAUCGGGGCCAGCUGACUGUUCCCCUGUGCCUGAGAGCAGCGGCCUGUCCAGGCAGCGCAGGACAGACCGGAGGAGAAUCCGCCCACGUGCACAGCGGGAUGCAAAUACCUGCAGUCAGUCCCAAGGACACCGUGGGAGCAGCCAUAAUGCUGCCCGGAUUGUGGAGAGCCGCACUCCAAACUCUGCCAGCCAGGGGACAUCAGAGUCCUCAAGGCACUCCCCGUCAAAUGGCUACAACCUCCGGCGCAGACAGGGACAGCGGGCCCGGACAAGAAGCCGCUCUCCAUUGCAGCGCCCGGCCCCAGAUUCUCCAAGCCAGCCCCGAACACGCCGUGGGAGCAGGCAGGCACCAACCCCAAGUGCCGAGAGCUGCACCCACAGAUACACCGGACCGGGAGCAUCGCGGUCCUCAAGGGUUUCCACAGCGGCUGAUAGAGGACAGUCCAGGCAGACAGGCCGGCCGGACUCGGAGCCGCUCCCCCUCAACAUCGGGCUGCUGAGACCAACAGCCAGCCCCGAAGACGCUGCAGGAGCCGGUCCAGGCGUUUGA